GAGAGUCCGUUGCAUCAAAACAGCAGCUUCGAGGAGGAAAGUCGGCGGUGUAGUGAUAGAGCUGAGAGCGUGCGGAACUUUGUUUUAUUGUAUUAUAUUUUUUUUAUUUUAUCGUUGUGCGAAUCGGCUUUUCGGCUUGUAAUUCGUAAGGUGAUAUCUCAUUUGAGUACGUGUACUAUUUAAGUGGAUUUAUAUAAAUAUCAUACGAUAAUGUCGAAAGACGAGAAGGAGUCCGUUAUUCCGGACGUAAUAUACGACACAAAAUCUGGCAAGAGCUACGUUAAGGGUCGAUUCUUCGGAAAGGGUGGCUUCGCAAAAUGCUACGAGAUCAGAGAAUCCAAAUCUCACCUCGUUUAUGCUGGAAAAAUCGUGCCAAAGUCCAUUAUAACGAAGAGCAAUCAGAAAGAAAAAAUGACGCAGGAAAUAUUGAUUCAUCAGAGCCUCAAUCACAAACACGUCGUUGGCUUUCACGGAUUCUUCGAUGACUCGCAUAAUGUCUACAUUAUUCUCGAACUUUGUCGUAAAAGGUCAAUGAUGGAACUACACAAAAGACGGAAAGCCCUAACCGAGUGUGAAACUAGAUAUUUUAUGAAGCAAAUAUGUGACGGAGUCAAUUAUCUCCACCAGAAUAGAAUAAUUCACAGGGAUCUGAAGCUUGGAAAUCUAUUUUUGAAUGAUGAACUGCAAGUCAAGAUCGGGGACUUUGGUCUUGCAACAAAAUUAGAGCACGAUGGUGAAAGAAAAAAAACUUUAUGUGGCACCCCGAAUUACAUAGCUCCUGAGAUUUUGACAAAAGUAGGUCACUCGUACGAAGUUGACGUAUGGAGUAUCGGCUGCAUAAUGUACACGUUGCUCGUUGGCAAACCACCCUUCGAAACAUCAAGCCUCAAGGAAACGUACGCAAGAAUAAAACAGGUCAAUUAUAAAACCCCGACCCAUAUUGGGAAACAAGCAAUGACAAUGAUAGCAAACAUGCUGCAAGGGGUUCCAUCUAAAAGACCAAGCGUCUCGAAAUUGCUGAAAGAUCCGUUUUUCACGAGUGGGUAUUUACCGCAAAGUUUGCCUCUCUCGUGUUUAACAAUGGCACCGAGAUUGGACACGCUAGAAAUACACAACAAACAACGCAAGCCACUGUCGGAAAUGCAGAUCGGCAGUGAAACGGACUUUGCGUUUAGGAUACCAACGAGUCCGAGUCGGAAAGCGAAAGAAAUCACGGGUGAUCCAGCCAAAUCGACGCGGGACAUAAAGAUGAUGUUGGUAACUUUGAAGGAACAAUUAGCCGCAGUAUUAGCUGCGAAACCAGCUCGAGCAGGCGCUUCUUCAGCAGUCGAAAUGACGGAUCCCUCGUCACAGCCGAUUUUGUGGGUCAGCAAGUGGGUCGAUUACUCCGAUAAAUACGGUUUUGGGUAUCAACUCUGCGACGACGGUGUCGGCGUCAUGUACAACGAUGGAACACGCCUCAUUAUGCUCGCAAACAAAUUCAACAUUCAUUACAUAAACCGCGAUGGCACGGAAAUGUACUACACCGUCAAAGACUAUCCCGACAGCCUGGAAAAGAAGAUGAAACUCAUGAACUUCUUCCUCCAAUACAUGAACGAACAUCUGAUGAAGGCUGGUGGCUCUAUUGUUGUCAAAUCGAGCGAUUCCAUGUCCAGGAUACCUUACAUGCAUCAGUGGUUUAGAACACAAACUGCGGUCGUUAUGCAACUCACCAAUGGCUCCGUUCAGAUAAACUUCCUGGAUCACACAAAGAUCAUAAUGUGCCCGUUGAUGGCCGCAGUAACGUAUAUAGACCAGGAGAAAAAUUUCCGGACAUAUCGUUUCGAGACUAUCCAGAAGGCGGGUUGCAUCGCUGGUUUGGCAAAAAAUCUCGAAUACGCCUACGAUAAAAUAACCAUGAUGAUUCGCAAUCUCCCCAGCAAAGAUUGGCGGGCUCAUGCAGAGCAAGCGCCCGCAUAGGUAAACAAAAAAAAUAAAUAAAUAAAUGUAGAAGCAUCCAAGUUUCCCAGUGCUCGUGAUAUGAACAAUUUCACGAUAGCUGCUUAAUGAGAUUGUCAAGAAAUGAACGAGCCCAGACAGGGAAUAUCGAACAACGAGCAUCGAUCACCGUCUCGUAUUUCAAUUUUUCUCAAUUGUGUAACUGUGUACAAAAGUACUUUUAGAAACGGACUAUUCAUUAUGUUUUUAAACGUUUUUCAUUUUUUCGUCCUAUAUUGAUUGAAUGUCGACGCAAAUGACUUGAUAGUGAAAUACGUGUUGUCACUGGACUUCUUAACAUUAUAUUUUAUUUCAAACCGAAGAAUUAAUGCGCUUGAAAAGUCGACUAUAACAGUAUUGUUUCUUUCUCAUUCCGCUGCCUGUACUCUACGAAUAUUCUUCAUUUUCGGUAUGCCCCCAAACAAAAGUCGCGUGCCCUGCGUAGUGUACGUGCACAUUUUUUCAUACCUCGUAUCCCACCAUUUCGUCCUUUUUCCAACGUCAGGUUUAAAGAAAAUCGGAACUCUCUUUACACCUGGGUCCUGUUAUAUUCGCGUAAAACUGCGAUGUACGGAAUACUCGUUAUAACAAUAUUAUAGUAUAUAAGAAUUAUGUUGAAUCAAAACGCCCAGACUGCCGUGAGAAAAAAGAACAGAGUGAAACGAAAAAAUGAGAACAAAAAACGAAUUCGAAAUACAUUUUGAACGUGAGACGUAAAAAGGGAAGUAAAAAAAAGGAAAAAAAAUAGUAUAAAGCAAAAAAAAAUUAAAACUCAACGAUACACUUAUGAUUUAUAUUAAUUUAAGGCACAGCUCUAAACGAAUCAGCAAAAUAUUACGUGUAAAUAAUUAACAUACAACACUUUUCUCUUUUCCUAAUUGUUUAUUCUUUAUACGAAGCUGAGACAAUGAGAAGACUACGAAUUAGAAUGUUUGAUUGAAAAACAAACGGCGUGAGGAGAAGAAACAUUUUUUACACGAAAUCAACGAGAUAUGAUGUAUUUUUAAGAGAUGAGUAUUGUAUAAGAAGCAACCAAUUUGUUAAGCGAUUAAAUAUACAUAAGAUUUUUUGAUACAUUGUUGCGGCUGAUCGACGAGCAUUGGCCUUUUUCAAAGAGUAACCGAAUUGUCGAACCGAAAAUUAUUCAGAGCGAGGAAAAUACACUUGUUGAAUAUGCGAACAAUAAAAAAUGAUCAUUUUCUA